UGAUAGAAAAAUUUAUAUAACGCAUCACGGUUUACAGAUAUGUAUUGCGGAGCAUCGCGAUCGGCAAUAAACAGAAGAAAUGAAAACACGAGGUUUAUCAGGAUUUUUAUAAAGUUAUCAACUAGAAGGUUAACAAGUUGUCUGGAUUGUUAAACUUGUGACAAAGAUGACGAGUAUCAAGAAAUGUGAAGUUUGUAAUGAAAAUGAUUUUAAAUACAAAUGUCCACAAUGUAGAAUAAAAUAUUGUUCUGUAAAAUGUUACAAACAGCAUAAAGCAGAAGUUUGUAAACCACCACUUAAGAUUGAAGAAGAGAAAAACAACCCUGUUUUAGAAGUCCAGAAGAAAGAGAGUUUAGAAGAAGAAGGGGAGAUAACCGGUGAUGAGUCAGACGAUGAAACAGACACAAAAGAUAAAGUACCAAUAGAAUUAUUACAAAAAUUAGAACAAUCGUCGGAAAUAACAAAAAUGUUGGAGAACCCCCAUCUACGAGCGAUGAUGGAGAAUUUAUAUAACAGCGAUAAUUGUGGUCUAGAUGUCAGCCACGCCAUGCAGGAACCCAUCUUUACCGAGUUCGCUGAUGAAUGUCUUAAAAUAGUACAGCCACAGAAAAUCGAUUAACAUUCCAUAUUGUAGCAACACAGAAUAGUCCAGCCAGACUCGUAAGGGCUCACGAACAAUGUGAUUAAAAUAGGACAGUGGGACUCACAGAAUAAAACUGACACUGAAUGUGGUUGAAACAGUUGUUGGACUUAAAGUCUCAAUACCACUCUUGUUGUAACUGAAUAAUAUGUCCCAAUCUUUAUUCUGGUCAACAAAUUGUACUAUUUUACAAUAUUCCAAUUAAUUGAUGAUACAAAUUUCAUCUUAACACACCUAAUUUAAAAAAUUGGAAAAAUUCAACUAAAUGAUUUGAAAAGCCUGACGUAAAGCUUUUCAAAUGUGACAUGGAUUUAAAAAUAUUUUUGAACCCUCUUGACAAGUAAAAUAGGAUUUAAUGGAUAAUUUACAAAACAGGUAGGACACUAACACAUCUAGUACUUAGAAUAAGGCUAUUUUUUAUUUUCUGGAGCUGUCAAGCCAGCAAGAGUGUUAUUGUCCCUUUAAAGAUUUUAAUAAAAGGAUGAGACACAGUCAGCUUGUGACACAUACAUCCAUUGGAAUGGGUGGGAACAUGGCUGUCUGGUCAUGUGACACAGUUAGCUAGUGAGUGGGAACACAGCUGUCAGGUCAUGUGAUACAGUCAGCUAGUGACACCUACAUCCAUUGGAGUGAGAGUGGGAACACAGCUAUUUGGUCAUGUGAUACAGUCAGCUAGUGACACCUACAUCCAUUGGAGUGAGUGGGCUGUGUCUAUCUUACCUUCUGUGAUUAUUAUGUUGUGUGUUGUGUCAUCAUCCAGUUGCACUCAGUAAUAUUGUAUGUAUGCAGUUGAUCGAAGGGAGAUAACCACUAUUUAGCUAACAUAUGUGUUUUAUGCAUUGAAAGUUUUCAUAAAAUAAACAUGAAUUAUUGUAUUAGUAUAA